UUGCAGGCACGGUGAUAUUAUCACAGAUUUACAGCUCUGCAAAAACAGAUUUAUUGAGCAGUCUUUUCAGUAGAUGACAGACGAAAGACGAGAGUGCACUUCCCUGUGAACCAUGAAAGCGAAGUUGGAGGUCUUAGCUCUGGUCCUGGGCUUUAUCGGGCUGUUUGGGACCAUAACGGUCACUGCCCUCCCCAUGUGGAGGGUCUCUGCCUUCAUUGGUGCCAAUCUCAUUGUCAUGGAGGAACUCUGGGAGGGCUUGUGGAUGACCUGCUUCAGACAGAUUGACAUCAAGAUGCAGUGCAAGGUGUAUGACUCAUUGCUAAUUCUCCCGCCAGAGCUGCAGGCAGCCAGGGGGCUCAUGUGCGUGUCCAUAGUCCUGGUUGUCAUCUCCUUGUCCGUCACAGGAUGUGGGACCCAGAAGAGCAACUGUUGCGACGACAACAGAAAGAGCAAGAACAUCACCCUGGCCUUAGGAGGUAGUUUGUAUCUGCUGUCCUCUUUGACCACGCUCAUCCCUGUCAGCUGGAUGGGCCAUACUGUCAUCAGGAACUUCUACAACCCAACGGUGGUGGAUUCUCAGAAACGGGAGCUGGGGGAGGCCCUCUUCCUUGGCUGGGCCAUUUCUGGUAUUCUGCUGAUCACCGGGGUCAUCCUUCUGAUCAGCUUCAGCAGACGCAGAUCAAAGGAGGAAGACCCUUACACUGAUGCGUAUCUUAUGGCGGCGAGGGAUGUAGAGAGAGAGGAGAGCGUGUACCUGGAGAGGACUCCAUCCAGCUUUCAUAAGCAUCAAGAAUAUGUUUAAAGAACUGAACUGUACUUCCUGAAAUAUGCAACUUCUACUUGUCAUGUCUCUAACAUUUGAAAGAUGUUGCCUGAGGAAGGUCACAAGAUGUCAUGGGCUUGCAAAUUCUGUAUAAAUAUAUUUGUUUUUGCC